GGAACUAUGGCAAAAGCUCUUUCCCUAGUGCUGAUCGCUACACUCUCAUCCGUUCUAUCUUCCAGAGCAGUUCAACUGGGAGAAAAGCUCAGUGCCGGAAACCCACCAUGGAUUUCUCGUGGGAACACUUUCGCAUUCGGCUUCUACAGCACUACUAGUGGUAUGUCCACUCUCGCAAUUUGGUACCAAAGCACAGGAACUGUCGUCUGGGAAGCCACGCUAGACAAUGGCGCAAGCACGAAAGAGAGAGUAAGCGUAAGCAGAAAUGGAGUUCUCGAGCUCACCGCAACUGGUCUCGUCGUCACAGACGCUUCCAAGCCCGUGUGGACUUCAAAUCUGCGAUGCAACAAUCGUUGCUCUGUCACCGUAGCUUCUCUGGAGGAAAAUGGAAACCUUGUGCUGCUCGGCAAUGGAACAAGGCUCUGGCAGAGCUUCGACUCACCAACAGAUACAAUUCUUCCCGAGCAAGAUCUGGUUGGAAACAUGACGCUGGUCUCCGGAAAGUAUAGACUGAGCAUGAAUAAGAGCAGUGUUGGCCUCUACUUUGAUGGCUUUUCAGCGAAUGAAUCCUACUGGAGUGUUCUCAACAAGGAUCUUGACGUGACGAUGAAAAACUCCAUCCCCAGGCUCACCUUCAACAGGAAUGGAAGUCUCGAGUUUUUCGACGCAAAUGGAAGCUCUUGGUAUCGCUACAAGUAUGACAACGCGCAGCGGUACCCGAUAGACUACGGAAACAGCAGCGUCUUGCGGAGGCUCACGCUGGAAAAGAAUGGAACUUUGCGGAGCUACAGCACAUAUGGAGAGAGAUCUCUCUGGAGAGUUGUGUGGCAAUCGCUACUGCUCGAGUGCGAUGUGUUUGGGACGUGUGGAAAUUUCGGGCUUUGCAAGUACCAGCCCAGGAAGUCGUGCGUUUGCCCCCCAGGAUUUCAUACUGUACGUGAUAGGAGCAGUGGUCAGCUCGAUGGCGAUUUUCCGGGAUGCAGCUACAACUUUCCAUUGAACUGUAGCAACAGCAAGAUGGUGGAGCUAGCUCGAGCCGAUUUUCUUGGAAGUGGUUACAUCGUCGGUUUAAACUCCAGCAUGUCCUUGGAGCAGUGCAAGAAACUUUGCUUGGACGAUUGCCAGUGCGUUGGUGCUGCCUACACGCUUGACGGCUCGGGGCAAUGCCGGCUAAGGAAAGGUGGCAGCACUCCAUACAACAUUGUCCAGUCGCCACAAAAGGCAUCCAUCGCUCUCAUCAAACUCUCGGCCUCGGACACACGCGCACAAGCCGAUCCAAACGACAUGAAAAACCUCUUUGUCACGAGCAUGAAUGCCAGCGAUCUAUAUCAAGCGGACAGUCGCAAGUCUAGCGGCACCAAGUUCUUCACGGCUUCUCGAGCACUCGUGUUUGGUGUGGCGGUGGGGGAAUUUGUGAUCCUGUGCUGCGUUGUGAUAGCAACGUCGAUGUGGUGGCGAAGAUCUAACAAGAAAAUGUGGAACAAACAUGCUGGUGAUCACCAUGGGCCGACGAGAUUCUCAUACGAGCAACUGGAAAUUGCUACUGGGAACUUCCGUCACAAACUCGGCUCCGGUGGAUUUGGGAGUGUCUACAAGGGUGUUCUUCCGGACAAAACAGUGGUGGCUGUGAAGACUCUAGAGGUUGCCACUCACGGAGAAAACCAGUUCAAAGCCGAGGUUGCCACUCUUGGAACGAUUCAUCACGUCAACUUGGUUAAACUCUUGGGCUACUGUGUCGAGGGCAGCCACAGGGUUCUGGUUUACGAGUACAUGACCAAUGGAUCGCUGGACAAAGUGUUGACGUCGAUAAGAGCUCCUUGGAAAACCAGAUACUCCAUUGCUAUGGGCAUUGCAAGGGGCAUCACCUACUUGCAUGAGGAGUGCUACGAGUGCAUUCUCCACUGCGACAUCAAGCCACAAAACAUCCUCCUCGACCAAAACUUGUGCCCAAAGGUGGCGGACUUUGGCCUUGCAAAGCUGACCAAGAAGGAGAUGGCUCUCAACGUGACCACCAUCCGAGGAACUCGAGGAUACUUGGCGCCCGAGUGGAUCAGCAAUCGGCCCAUCACCACCAAAGUGGACGUCUACAGCUACGGAAUGGUGCUGCUCGAGCUUCUAAGCGGCCAUGACAAGUCAAGAUCCGGCCAGAACACUUAUUUCUCCGUGUGGGCUUUCCAGAAGUACAUGGCGGGAGAGUUUGAGAGCAUUGUGGAUCCAAAGCCUGUCACGAGUGUCGAGUGGAGCCAGUUUGAGAGGAUGCUCAAGACUGCGUUCUGGUGCAUCCAGCUCGAUGCGAAUUUGAGGCCCAGCAUGAGCCGGGUUAUCCAGAUGCUCGAGGACAACAGCUCCGAGCUUGCGGUUCCACCAUUUCCAACACCACUUGAUCACGAAGCUGGAACUGGUAACUCGAGCUCCAUUCCUCUCGAGACACAGUCGUUUCUGGAAGCACGCUAAGCUAAGCUAGCUAAAUUUAUAUUAUAAAACUACAAAACGAAAUAGGAAUGCUUAGAGAUUCCGGAUGCCAGAAAGUUGAUAAAGUAACAUUUUGUCACUGUUA